AUGCCGAACCAUUCCCAAAGCUCCUCCUCCUCGUCCUCCUCUUCACCAUCUACUUCCACCAAUCACCCCGAGCCCACACGUCCAUCGUCUUCCUCCACCCCACUACCUUCAUCCUCCGAUCACAGCACCGAUUCAAAUGAUAAUCCCUUCUCAUCGUCCAAAUUGUUCUCAUCGCUAUACAAUAACAACAUCAACAACAAAAGCGAUUUUUCCUCAUCCUCGUCAUCAUCGAACCCGAACCCGAACCCAUUACUACCAGGCAUAUCAAUCGACACCGCAUCAAUCUUAGCGUCGAAAUACGACCCAUCUCUGUCCUACUUCCAUUCUUCGUCUUCCCCUUCCCCAUCGGAGGAUGGCGGCAUAGUACAUAAGGAAAUACCUAGGAUACCCGAACGAUGCUUUUCAUUUUGUACGCAGACAGAUGGGGAUAGACCAUUAUGUAGGAUGUUCUGUAUAAGGAAGAGACCACCUGUCUUAUCGCAGAAAGAACAAUUACAAAGACUUAGACCACCCUCGGUUCAUCGUGCAGUCCCGUCUAUACCCGGUAAGAUCGGUCAUGAAGAUGAGACACCAUGGUAUAAAAAGCCAUUCGAAUCGCUCCGAAAAACCGUCACUCCCUAUUCGUUCAUCUAUAUCAAAGGUACACCGGAUGGAGUGAUAGGUAGGUAUAUGGAAGAGCUAGAAUGGGAUGAUGGAGAGUAUGAUUUUGGAAAUCUGUCGAGAUCCGUCGUCAAUGGUUCAAAUACUAUGAAGGGGAAGAAAAAGGAGGGUGAGGAGGGGAAAUAUGGUUGGACAUGGUUGGAUUGGGGUGAACAUGGAUCCCUACUCCAUCUCCCACUAACAACCCUCUUUUACCCCAUCCUCUCCAUUCCCAAUACCCUCUCCAACCUCCUCACACCGUCAUACAACCUAUUAAAACUGUACGAAAAAUCAUUCGUCGAUGGUGGACAGGCCCGAUCGCUGGAAAAGUUCACAGCGGAGAUACAGAGGGGAGGGGCGAUGGAGAUGUUAAAUAAGUUGAGUGAUUAUUGGGAGAAGAAGGUGAUUGAGACUAAAGAGAGGAGAGAGGAAAUGAUGAAGCAGCUUAAAGAGGAGAGAAGUAGGAGUGGGGAUGUUGAAAGUGGAAAGAAUGAGUAG